AUGUCGUCUAAUUCCGGGGCAACAGAUAAAGCUAAUGAAAGUGCAUCUAAAUUGAAGGGAGGGCUUCCCGACCUGUCAAAGCUUAGUGCAGAAGAAUUGAAACUCUAUAAAAUGUAUGGGAAGCUUCCAAAGACUACAGAUGUUCUACAAGAUAGAUUGAAGGAUCGAAAAUUUUUUGAUAGUGGAGAUUAUGCUCUGUCAAAGGUUUCUGGUGGCAAAAAAGAUCCUGUUGGGUCUAUCAAUCCUCUAAGGCAACCUGAAAUCGAGAAUUUGGCCAGAAUAAACAGAAAUUCCUUCAGUGGAAGUGGGGCACCUUCUUUAUUGGGUUCCAAUCAACGAAAGUCAAAGUUAGAAGAAGACCUCACGGAUUCAGUUCUUGAAGAUGACUGA